CGCCAGCCUCCCUCUCUGCCGGCUCCAGCGCCGCCACAGCCGGGCAGCCAGCGCCGCACAGCGACCCCCGAGGGCCGGCCGCGGCACUGCGCCUGGCUCCACACCGCCCCGGCUGCUCCUCGCGGGGAACAAUAGACUCGGCUCGCCGGGCUUAGGGUUCAUCUGCAAUGUGCCGCACAUUUCACACGCACACAAAGCCGGCGGAAAGGGGGGAGGCGCGGGGAAACGGCCACUACCGGUUGUUCCAGGGUUAGGGGUGGAGGCGAUGUUCGCGUCCCCGGCCCGGCUGUUGGAAGGGCCCCAUUGGAGUCCCCGCCCGCCAGACAGAACCUGUGUGGCGCUCGGGAGCGAAAGGAAGCCCAGAGGGGCAGCUCCUCACGCUCCGCAUCUUUUCACUGAUCAGAAUAAAGUCAAUCUGUCAAUUUUUUUUUUUUUAAGGUCUUAGAGAAUCAGCUUUUCUGAGCCUUGUGCUGGUAUUUGGGGGCCUGGUUAGCACAUUUUCCAUGAAUUAUCCACAAACUAACUUUAGCGAACUGUAAAUGAAAUACAAUGUGAACUGUCCUAGUUCUGUAGAAAUAGAGUCAUGCUCUUAAUUCAUCUUCCCUUUGGCUUCACGUCUCAAACUAGAUUAUUCUGUGCUGAGUUAUGCAAACAGUAAUUAAACUGGUUGGGAAGCAAUCUUUUGAACUUUGACGAUAAUAAUUAACAUUUGUUUUUUAUAUUAAGGUAUCUUAAAGAUAGUGCGCUUUAAACCACUAUUGACUAAAACCUUUAAUUUUUGCUUUCUCUGAAAUGUCUCACAUGCGACCUUAGUUCCAAAUAUUUUUUCUUUGAAGCUCAAAAAAAAAAAAAAAAGGCUGCUUAGAUGGGAGACUCAACACCUCAACAAAUACUACAAGUUUGCAUUUACCAGCAGCUGGAGUCAGCCCUUUGCUACAAAUGUUAAUUAAGCUCCACGACGUGUGAAGCCUAUUAUCAUUCCCAUUUCUGUGACGGCCACUACGGGCAAAGUCACCGACAACCAAGGACACAGGCCAGUAAAGGUCUGGAUGGGUUAUUUCAGGUAGUGAUUCCAAUGAGAACAUGUACUUGGUGGUGAAAAGAAUUAUGUAAUAUAGCCCAGCACGCUUCCGGUGCUCACUCUAGGAAACGGAUUUAUUUCGCAAGGAAAGUUUGUCUCUUAAAUGGGGUCGGUUAUAAUAAGGCUAUGGCUGGGAAGUUCCCGACACCGAAGGGCCAGUAAGUGCCUCGGAAGCCAGGGAGGGGCGGAGACCCAGGCUGGGGGAGUGUAGGAGCCCGGCCGGGCCGGAGGCGAGGGGGGGCGGGGCAGGAGGGAGACCAGGUCCUCUGUCCCUUCCCCCACCGGUCCGCUUAGGGAUGGUGGAGAUGUGGGCCGCAGAGCUGCGAGGCCCGAGCUGUGCGGAUUCCCUGAACGCCGCACUUGCGCACAGCCCCUUACGUAACUGUCAGCGCCGGGGAUUCCCUAGAGGGGGUCAUUCUAUUCAACCAUUACACACACCCCGGGCUCCUGCCGCCGCGCCGCCGCCUCACAAAAUGGCGGCGCCCAUAGAGGAGACAGCGGCCGCCUCCUCAGCCCCAUUUUGUGGGAGGCGAGAGAUCUGUCAACAUGGAAUACCUCCGCUGAGGAAGCAUCCGAGUUUGGAAAUCCUGCUUAAGAAUGGAACCGAGGGGAUCUCCUUCGACGGAAAAUGUCAGCGACUCCUACCACCUCCACGCUUUUUCACUGUUUUCGUUUUCUCGAAGGAAGCGCCCGAAGCUGCUGGGGUACUUGUAACUAAGGAGAGAGGAGAAAGCUGCGGCUGACUGCUCCCGGGACUUGCCGCGGCGUUUCCGUAGCUCUGGUUUCUCUUCCACGCUGCCGGCAGCUGACCGCGAUCUCGUAGGAGGGUCGCCUGGGCCGCCAGGCCCGCUCCAACGGGACAGGGACCGGGCGACGCGGAGCGGCAGCGGCGGCCUGCGCCGCACCACUUGUGCAGCGAGACUUUUCGGUAGUUUUUAAAUGCCAGAGUCCACAGUUCCGCCGGUUCCUUUCGCCAAGAGUCGCGGGUUUGGGGAGCUCCAAACGUCCCUGCUCCGGGGACUCGCAGUCGACCUGGAGUCCAGUUGCCGGAAGCUGGUUGCCCAGAGCCGGCGGUACUCAAGGAUUCCCGCAGCCCCGGCGCGCAGUGUGGUCGCCGUCGGGACCCGGGCCCUGGUUGGUGCUGAUGGGGCAGGAGUGGGAACGAAGGCACGUACCCUGAAAUUUAAGUCGUCCGAAUCGGGACCUAGGGUUGUAUGUUUUAACUGUCUCAGGUUAAACGUUAGAAGGUUUUUUUCUGCUAUCUCUGUGGUGGGCAAACCUAGUUGCCUUAUUUUUUUUAAUUCGAGGGGCAGAAUGGAGGGGUGACGUUUUAUAUUUUUAUUUUUCAAGCAGAGGAUGUCACUUUUGAGCCACUGACUAUUUGCUGUCUGUGUGUGUGUGUGCACAGACACAUGUGUAUGCAAUAGUGUGUUUUGCUUCGCAGUACAGAUAUCAAGGGCUAGAGACCUGGGUGGGAUUCUAACGUUUUGAUGCCUUUAAAAAUUUUUUCUUUAAUGUGGUAUGUAGUGGGAGAAUUCACUCUGAGGGAAAAAAGGAAAAUAAUUAUUUUUCUGCAGAAGUUGUCAUCUUCAAAAUGGAGUCCUAAAGGAUAUCUGAUGGAUAGAAUUUAAAAUCAUAACUCUUUGGAUAUACUCUAGUCAAAAGGAAACAAAAACAUCAAGCUUGAUGUUUAUCAGAUUACUACCUGGUUCGAUUUCCCCCAGACUAGUAAAAUGUAAGACAAAGUAAACUGUCAACGGUAUUUGCUUGUAGGAGGAUUGUAAAGUUUUAAGGAAGGAAAAGAUUCGUUUAGAACCCUUAAGUAUGCAUUAAACGAAUAAUUUAUUUCAAAUGUUUUGUCAAUUACAAGUCAUUUGUCUUGCAUGACUUUUUUUUUUUUUGAGGUGUUUUCUUUAUGUUGAUUUUGACCCACAGAUUUCCUCCCUAGUGCAGAACUGCAGCUUUCUGCAGGCUGCGCCUCAGUCACUAAGUUCCAUACCCCUGUCCCCUGCGUGCACCUGCUUGCUACUCUUGGCUUGUGUUUGGCAAGAUAUGGUUUCUGGUCUUGUCUUUUCCCUUUGAUGUUCUUUAUAUUUAAUAAAUUUGGUUACCACUAAUCAAGAA